AUGUCAGAUGAGAAAAUGUCGGGAGUUUCAAUCAGUCCAAUCGAUCCAGACGAAUCGAUUCAAUUGACCCUACCGAAUGAGCAAGAGGCAUCUCGGUCGUCCAUAACUGAGGGGAUAGCAGAAGAGAUGCUGCCCGUUGAUCCAAUCGGCACCGUCGCUCAAGGAGAAUCGGUUCCAUCUUUUCCACCAACCUCAUUCAGCGACACCAUCGCUCAGCUUCGUUUGUACUUCAAUCAGGAGUUGUCAAAUGAGGGAGCCAUGCCAGCAGUCUCUGCAGAUCGUGCUAUUCAUUCUGCUAAGAGAACCAGUUCAGUGCCAAUUAGACAAUACUCGAGCGAUACUGUUGAUGAAAACGAGUUGGCGGUCAAGAAGCCAAGAUUCUUCUCACCACAAAGACAAGUCCUGAAGCCUUUGAAUACAUCAUAUAAGCUUGCAAUGAGUCCAGAAGCGCCAUCAUCUGAACAUCCAAAUAGUCUAGUAGAGCCAUUGGUUGUACUUCAGAAGAGUCCAGAAGAGCCAUGGGCUGAACUUCUAAAUCGUCCAAAGACACAGGUAAUUUUUUUUGCUCCAGGCCUAGUUUGA